AUGGGCUGCACACCUUCUCGCAGUGAGAUUGCUGGUACUGCUGAAAGAAGUGGUGUUAAAGCUUUGAAUAAACCCAAAACUGUUCUGCCAAUUGAUUCAAGAGAUAAAGGAAUCCCUCUGCUGGUUAAAGGUUCAUCUUGCUACAAUAUUGAUGAAUAUGGGAUUCAGAGGAAGGACUAUGUGGAAGAAGAGGAGGAGGAUGAACUGUCAGGGCCGGAUAAAAAUGAUAACUCAAAGUUAUCUUCCAAGUCUCAUUCAGAUUCCCAGAUUAGCAGGGAAGACAAGAAAAUUGAGAGGAUGGCCACAGAUGCUGAAGUCAUUAUGUCUGAACUGAUUGAGUCUCAAAAACACAUCACUGAGUCCAUAGAGAUCAGAAAGCAAACCUCCUGCGAAUCAGAAGCAUCAGCUUUCAUCUGGGAUGACAAGAAUGAAAGCAGCUCAAAGCAAGUCCCAAAGAAAGGGAAGAAGAAAAAAACCCAUAAGCUGGCAAAGCAAGGCCAACCCAACAAAAGCAAAGAGAAGUCCAUGCAGGCCCCGUGUGAGACAGAGAAGAAGGUAGACUUCCCAGAAGUGCUCGUCAAGGCUCACCAGAGUGCAUAUGCCUACUUACACCCCAACCUCUCCAAGUAUGAAGCUAUUCUGCACAUGGCCAACCAGGCCACCCAAACUCAGCUUUUCCUACAGCAGAUGAUCAGCUUCCUUGUGCUUCGCUUUGAUGAAAUCAACCAGCUCUUGGAAGAAAUUGCCAACGAUGGGGAAAGUCUUCUCAAAGAUGUAGGUGGGAGUCUGGCAUGGCCAGCAGAAAAGGACGAUUUGAAGGAGCAUCCAGAUCUUCUGCAACAGCUACUGCAGUACACGGUCAACAAAAUGCAGUUGGUGAGUGGGAUGCUGGCCUCCCUCACGUCCAAUGCCCUGCAGGAGACGUGCAGCUACCUGCAGUCUGCUGCAAGCAACCUGGAAGGCAAGCUGAAAGCAAAGCAAAGCUUUGAUGAGCACCUGCUGCGGACAGUAAAGCUGCUCGAAGCCUCGACCGUGGGGCCCUCUCAGUCCCACGGGGAUGACAGGACUCUCUGUUCUGAGGACAGUGGCAUUGGUGUGGACAAUGAGUCCCUCAAAGAGUUCAGUGCUCUCAGCCAGCAUGGAGGACAGCCAAGUGACUCCUGCACACAGGGACAUCCAUCCCGAAAGCAUGCUGGAACAGCGGAGCGUGGGAAUGGGGGCACAGCGUCAGGGGGCACAGCUGCAUCCCAUGGCUCUGCUCUUGGAAGGCAUUUUAAAGGCGUGUUUCAUUCAUCUGUGCAAAGCAGGGAAGCAGCUUCUUGUCAGGGUGGAGUAGCAGAAGGCACUUCUACCAUGCCCCAAUAUGCAAACUUGAGCAAAAGUUCCUACAACGCCUUGCAGUCUGGUUCUGCUCAGGAAGGGGAACGUUUCAAAAUCUGUGAAUCAACAGAUUUUCUUUCUGAUGAGGAUGAGGAUGAUGAUGAUGAUGAAGAAGAGAGCACACUGGGGGAGGAUGAUGACAGCACAAGUUUAUCAGAAAUGGGGAAGGAUGCUCUGCCAAGGUCCCUGUCUUCACCUGCACUCACUGAUAACAUUCCAAGGCAGUCCAUCAAAAGGACAGAGAACGUAGACACAGAAGAAAUAAUUUUGAAGAUGAAAGAUGCCAUCAGUGAAAAAAUCAAGUUCGUCCCAGCUAAAUCCAGGCGUAAAGAAUGGAUAGAGGAUGAGAGUGGAAGAGCAGUCCUAGCAAAAAGGCCCAGUACAGCAAUAGGCAGACAGAGAAAGUUUGGGAAACAACGGCGGUCCAGGUCAGAGGAGUCCCUCAGGAGCCAGGCAGAGGACCCAACACUCCUAGAGCUUCAGAGGACUCAAAAGGAGCUCAGCAAAAGGCUGGAAAUGUUAUGUGGAAAGGAUCUAGCUAACAACCUGGAGCUUUGGAAAUCAAGAACUGCACCUUAUUUGCAGAACGAACAAAUUACAUCUAGGUCCUCCCGCAAGCUGAAGGCAGGCCUCUCAAAAAAUUUCAGCAUCCUGCCUAACCAGGAUAAAGUCCCUUUGCUCACAUCUGAUCAAAAUCCUGUCCUUCCAGUGAAUGAAAAGAGAGUCAGGGAGCCUGUGACAGCUACUGUGCCUACCCAGGAGACACCAGGAGGCAAAGAAAAUGGGCCUGCUGGAGCACAAAUGUUGAGUGGCAGCAGCUGUACCUCCCGGCAGUCUGUCAAAAAACUGAUUGAAACCUUCAGUCCUAGUGGUGAUCUUGCAAAAACCACACCUCUAAGAUCCUUAGGACCAAUAAAGUGCAUCAGAAAAUUUGGACUUCCAGUCAUCCCACCCACCACUCCCUUUCAGAGAGGCCUGGCACCUUUAAAUCGUAUUUCACCAGUAGAAGACACAAACACCAACAAUGUUUCUUCUAGCUUUCCAAAUGCCUUUCUUCCUGCACCACCUGCAGAAUUAAGCAAGAAGGACACAAAAGAAGAGACCAGUGAAGACAUUGAGAACCUGCCACCACCACCGCCUGAAAUGUUAAUGGACACUUCUUCUGAAAAUUUAUCUGAGCCUGAAGAAACUGCAAGUAGAGAAGGAAACUCUUCAGAAGAUGCCAAGAAGAUCACCAAACCAGAACUGCAUGCUGCUAAGAGAUCACAAGUUUCCCCAAAAAUGAAAGCCUCCCUCCAGUCCAUCGACUUGUUGCCAAGUAAAAAUAUCAGUGGCCCCAGUGGGGUGACUAAUAAAGGUCUAAGGAGCAGCAGGCCAGGGGAUGAGAAACAGCACAGGUACUCUCUGGAGCUGAACCCUACCAACGUGCACAUCCCUAGCCAGGAGGAGAUACUAGCAACCCAGAGGAAAGAGGCUGCGGAUUUAUACAAGCAAACCCAUAAAAUUAUUCCUCUUCGAAAUCCCAGUGAGGCUUCAAACCCCGAGAGCAGCAGCUCAGACAGCAAGAGCCCCAGGUCCCCCGACCUGCUCCGGAGCAGCGAGAAAGGCUCCCUGUUCACCAGGAGGGUCUCCCCAUCGAGAACUGCUCCUUCUUCACCCACCGAGAAACUGCUUUUCAGCCCCCCAGCGCACCACAGGCACUCUCUGCAGGCCUUUAGCAGCACGCAACCGAGCUCUCCCACCGUGCAGAGGAAACCCAGCCCCCCUUCUAGCCCCAGGAUGCCCAGCCCACCUUUGCAGAAGAAACUGCCCUCUCCACCAUCACAGCGAAAAGCGCUGAGCCCUCCUGUGGGGCAGAAGCAAAGCUCACCGGCAGCACAGCGGCUGGCAGGCUCCCCAGCUCCAUCCCCCAGCACCCCCUCCCCUCCAGCCUCCCCAUCUCGCUCCUACAGGGGCCCAAGGGCCGGGCUGGAUGCUGGGGAUGAGCACCUGCUCUCCCCCUCCAAGAGGAGCAGCAAUGUCCGUUCCAUAUUCUGCCCGGCCACCUCUUCCUUAUUCGAAGCCAGAGCUCCAGCGGCACCCAGCAGAGGCUCAGCCGGGGUGCCCAGCCAGCUGGAAGCCGCAGCACACUCCCCGAAGGGCAGCCUGCUGUUCCGGCAGCCCGCAGACCGGACCAGGAGGCUGUCCCUGAGCGCCAGCAGCCCUCGGCCGUUCGUGAGGAGAAGUUCCUCCGACCGCCGGCCAGGGGCCCAGCCUCAUCCUCCGGCUCCUCUCACAGCUGCCAGCGACCCUGCACUUAACCAAGCAAGCUUGGAGAAGAGCCCUAGAAAAGCAGGUGACUCUUGGAGCAGCUUGGAAACCAGAGAGUCCAACAGAUCCGCUUCCCACCCCGAGCUCUACGUCGUGGGCCAGGGGCUGCAGAGAGACUGAUGCCCCCAGAGGCAGAGGCACAAGCAAGGACAGAGGCCCCAGAGGGAGGAAACAGCCUUACCAAAGCCUCCAAAACACAGCUCCAUCUUCUGCAAAGAAACUGUCUGAUGGCAUUGCACCAGAAACCCAAACUGGGCUCAGCAAUCUCAUGAAACACCAACUGGCUGCUUCUCCUUUCAUUCCAUGGUUUAGCUCAGAGGUCUACAUGGAGCAAAAUGUAGCUGGGUGAGUCUAAGGCAAAUUCGGUUGAUGAAGGCAAUUCCUUUUUUCCCAGU